UUCUGGCUCCCCUCUCUCUCUCCCUGAGUUGGGGUGAACAGCAGGUGGCGCAGGCAGUGAGUGCAGCCUCAGCUGGACACGGGGAUUAGAAAUCGGUGACACUCCACUGACUGGAGCUUCACACUGGAUGGACAACAAGCCUACCACGGAAAACUCAGGUGUCACAGCAAUAGCGUCACAGGCUGAGGUUGGGUGAAUAAACAUGCACAUGGACUGGAUGAGAAAAUACAGCACUGGAAUCAGAACGUGUGAAAAACAAACGGCUCAAAAAAAGAGAAAGAAGCAAAGUCCCUAAGUACAUGUUGGUCCUUAGGUUGAACCACAUGGAUCAUGUAAGCCCUUAGGUUGGACCACAUGGAUCAUGGAAGCCCUUAGGUUGGACCACAUGGAUCAUGUAAGCCCUUAGGUUGAACCACAUGGAUCAUGUAAGCUCUUAGGUUGAACCACAUGGAUCAUGUAAGCUCUUAGGUUGGACCACAUGGAUCAUGUAAGCUGUUAGGUUGAACCACAUGGAUCAUGUAAGCUCUUAGGUUGAACCACAUGGAUCAUGCAAGCUCUUAGGUUGAACCACUUGGAUCAUGUAAGCCCUUAGGUUGGACCACAUGGAUCAUGUAAGCGCUUAGGUUGAACCACAUGGAUCAUGUAAGCUCUUAGGUUGAACCACAUGGAUCAUGUAAGCUCUUAGGUUGAACCACAUGGAUCAUGUAAGCUCUUAGGUUGAACCACAUGGAUCAUGUAAGCUCUUAGGUUGAACUACAUGGAUCAUGUAAGCUCUUAGGUUGAACCACUUGGAUCAUGUAAGCCCUUAGGUUGGACCACAUGGAUCAUGUAAGCUCUUAGGUUGAACCACAUGGAUCAUGUAAGCUCUUAGGUUGAACCACAUGGGUCAUGUAAGCUCUUAGGUUGAACCACAUGGAUCAUGUAAGCCCUCGCAGCCUCUGCCAAUAAGAAGGGGUGAUAUCAAAACAUGGAGGUGCUGCUCUGUGUCUGUACCCUCUGUCAUCUAUUGCUAGGCAAACCUUGAUAUAAACAUGGGGUCAGAUAACCCUUAAACUAUUUAUAUAUUAUAAGAACUGACUUCUGUCAGCAUGCAAAUGGAGCAUAGAUGAGAGAACCUUUCGAGACAGAGAAUCGGGCAUUGACACGAUUGACAUAUGUAGGCUAUAUGACCUAUGAUUCAGGACCUUCAAAGCAAAGACACAGGCAGUAUGGAAGUGCAGACCACCUCUCUGGUUCAGGCAUAUGUCAAUGGUUCGGAGCAACUAAACACCUCAUACGACUACAACGUCACGGACACGUCUGAGAACCCAGACACCUAUCAGUUCUACACCAUCGGCCUCUUCCUCUCCUGCCUCUACACCAUCCUCCUCUUUCCCAUCGGCUUCAUUGGGAAUAUACUCAUCCUGGUGGUCAACCUCAACCACAGGGAGAAGAUGACCAUCCCGGACCUCUACUUUGUAAACCUGGCGGUCGCAGACCUCAUCCUGGUGGCAGACUCCCUCAUCGAGGUCUUCAACCUCAAUGAGAAGUACUAUGAGUACGCUGUUCUGUGUACCUUCAUGUCCUUAUUCCUGCAGGUCAAUAUGUACAGCAGCAUCUUUUUCCUGACAUGGAUGAGCUUUGAUCGCUACGUGGCUCUGGCCAGCUCCAUGAGCAGUAGUCCUCUGAGGACCAUGCAGCACGCCAAACUCAGCUGCAGCCUCAUCUGGAUGGCCUCCAUCCUGGCUACGCUGCUCCCCUUCACCAUCGUCCAGACCCAGCACCGCGGCGAGGUGCACUUCUGCUUCGCCAACGUCUUUGAGAUCCAGUGGUUAGAGGUGACCAUCGGCUUCCUGGUGCCCUUCUCCGUCAUCGGCCUGUGCUACUCGCUGAUCGUGCGUAUCUUGAUGCGGGCGCAGAAGCACCGGGGACUGUGGCCUCGCAGACAGAAGGCCCUGAGGAUGAUCGGGGUGGUGGUGCUGGUGUUCUUCAUCUGCUGGCUGCCUGAGAACAUCUUCAUCAGCAUCCAGCUGCUGCAUGGCACGGACGACCCGGCCCAACGCAGCACCUUCAGCGGCCACCUGUGGCACGACUACCCGCUGACGGGCCACAUCGUCAACCUGGCCGCCUUCUCCAACAGCUGCCUCAACCCCAUCAUCUACAGCUUCCUGGGGGAGACCUUCAGGGACAAGCUAAGACUCUUCAUUAAGCAGAAGGCCAGCUGGUCCGUGCUCUACCGCUUCUGCCACCACACCCUAGAUUUACACAUACCUGUGAGGAGUGAGGUGUCGGAGGUGUGAUGCUGCAGGAUCAGCAACAUCUUUGUAUGAAAGGUUAGGAUGUAACAGAAGUCCAGGGGGGAGGAAGAGCUAUGUGCUGCUGUGUCUACCCAGCAGGAUCCUGGGAAUUGUCUUCAUGACACACUCAAGGCUUCCAGAAUUCAGCUUCUUAUAAGUGGUAGAGAUACCAUGGAGGAAAACUGAAACUGACCAUGAGGCAGCCAUUUUGUCUCCUGUAAACGCGGGUGGAGAACACACAGUGUAUGUGUUCUUCAUUAGAUAUAAAUAAUGAGAUCAGGGUAAUAAAUACACAUUUGUAAAAUGGAGAAGGCAAAUUGAUGAAUAUACCAGGUUUGGUGUUCUUUCAAUGUCUUCUCUUUUCACUUAUCAAAAGACAAAGUCAUUAUUCUAAUGUAACUCAGAGAAAUGGCAGUGUGGGAACAAAUUAAAACAGACACAUCAAAGGGACCAAUGACUUGCUUCUCCUUGACCCCAGUGUGGUUAUUGUAACACUGUAUACUGAUCAGAACUGUUUGGGUAACCCAUAAGACUGCUAGACACACCUGCUGUCCGAUCGUUUUUUAUGUACUGACAAUUCACUGUAUUGUAAGUAGAUAUCCUUUUCUUUGUUUGCCUGUGCAAGCAAUUGACCACUAACACCACUUUUAUUUAAAUAAAUAAUAUAAACAUU